AUGAAUUUACAAGCAGUUUCAUCUAGUUUUAUCCAUGAACUUCGUAAUAAAUUAAAACAACAUCCAAAUGUUCCAAUCGAAGCUGAACUUGAUAUCCUUAAACCAAUAGUUCCAGUGCAUAUAUGGAAAAAUUCUUCUAUAACAAAAGAUGAUUAUGCUAUACGUAUUGCUCGACUAGUAUGGUUGAUAUGGAAAGACGUUCAUUAUAUUUGGCCAGAUUUUCAUCUAAACGAUUAUUGUUUAUUGUUUGAUUUGGAAUCAACAGAUAAAGAAUUCUAUUAUAUCAAUAAAGAUGUUGGAGAAAUAUAUAAAUAUCCUAAAACAAUUGAUUUACAAAUAGAUCCAAAUUUAUCUCAAAUAAUAAAAAAUGAUUUUCAUUCGCGUAUUUUUAUUCAAUAUCAUUCAAAUGAAAAUUUUUUACAAAGAAAAUUUGUUUGGCAUCAAGAUUGGAUACCUGACUACCAAUUAAAAGAGCGACAUUAUGAGGAUGAUUUUGAAUUUUUCAAAGAUAAUAUUUGUCUUGGACAAUUUAGUUAUGCUACAGCAUUACUUAUUCGUGAGUGGCUCGCAGCUAAACAUAAAGAAUAUCAUAUACAUAUGGAAAAACUUGAUUUUCGUCAUAAGUUUUCAUCAUUUAUUCAAGGAGCAAAUCAAGCUGAUAAAUAUGCUAAUUAUUUACCACCAACAGAUGUUCAACGACUUCAUAUUGAAUUAUCCAAUUCUUUAUGUUGUGCUAUUCUUAAUUUUAAUGAUAAUCAAGUACACUUAAAUGAUGCUCUUGCUCGUUUAACAACAUUAAAAACUGAAUACGCAAAAGAAUGGUACGAUAAUAAUUGGUAUUGUAGUUAUAAUGAUGGUCUUCUUCGUUAUCUGAUGCUGAGUGUUUCGUUACAUGGAACAUUUGCAAUGAAUUUAAAUUUAAAAUCAAGUAUUGAAUAUUACCAAGUCUUUAUUCGACGUUUAUUAACUGAAUGUAAUAAUCCAUCAAAAGGACGUGUUUAUGAACUCGCUUCAAUACAACUUUUAACAGCUAUACUUUGUGACCUUGGAGGAGAAGAUCCAGAUGUAUGGAAACGUUCUUAUAAUGGAAAAAUAUUACAUACAUUACUAAAACAUGGUUUAAAUUCCUCAACAAUUAAACCAGAGCCGCAUGAUAGUGCACAAAUCGAAUCUUUCUUUACAGAAUCAAUUAUUCAAUCUUAUCAUCAUUUUAGUCUUUUUGCUAAACAAAUUCAUCAAAAAGGAUCAAAAUUUCUUAUUUUACCAAACGAAAGUAACUCAAUAAAAACUGCGACUCUUUCCUACUAUGCUCCUGCUAUGAAAUAUCUAUUAGAUGGACUUAUGUGGACAAAAUACGUUCAUCAUCUAGAUUAUUCAUCUGAAUAUGGUAUAGUUAAAUUAUGUAAUAUACUUAUUGGUGAGAUAUGUCUUGUAAAUCAUCAUAUUUUUAUUGUUCCAUUACUACACAAUGCAAUUAUAACAAAUAAUAAUCGUUUGAUUAUACAUUCCGAUCAACUUGAAAUAAACAUUGUCGCUAAUCAACAAGAAAAUUAUUUAAAUAAUCGUCAUAUUUACUUUGUUGUUGAUAGCCAUAAACAAAAUGACUACUCGAAUAUAUUUGUUCGGCCUAUUGAAUCAACUAAUAAUUGUGUUCUUUUUUAA